AUGGAAAGAACGGAAUUGGGUCCACUGCAACAUUUAGCAGCGAUUAAAGAUCUACUGGGGAUUAACCAAUCAAGGAAACUUGUCUGGCCAGAAGAUAGCAUGAAUGAAUUGGAACAACGAAGUACAACAUCGGAUAAUUCUGAUGCUAGUAAGAUGAAGAAGGUUGGCGUCCCUUUAUCAUAUGUUCCGCCAGAGGAGGUGGAAGGAAGAAAGGUAGCAAUGGUACAGAAAAAAGCAGUAUUAGAGCCUGAAGCCGAGUAUUGGAGUACAUCAGUGAUAAGCUUUGUGUUAGGGGCAAAUCCACUAUUUCAGGUCAUGGAUCGAUUUUAUAGACAACUGUGGAAGCAACUUACUGUGGAAAAGGUAGUUUUGCUCCCUACUGGGUUAUACCUAAUUCGUUUUACAUCCAUUGAUGCUCGGGAUGAAGCAAUGAAAGUUCCUGUUUAUCAUAUGAGUGCCAAUCCAAUAGGUGUAAAGCUCUGGGAUCAACCUCCUCUGGUAGCUCACUUUGUAGAUGAACUUGGAAUGGUAAGAGAGAAGCCAAUGUUUUAUGAGUGGAAACCUACUCAAUUUAUUCAUUGUAAAAAUUUUGGCCAUGGAGAAGAGAACUAUGGGAAAAAACAUACAAAAGUGGUGGAAAAUAUUUUAAAGGAAAUAGGAGCUCAAGGAUCGGUAGCACGGCAAGAGCUGUCUAGAUCAUUUGCUAGUUUCUUCAAGAAGCCUGAUGAUGUAUCAAUCCGGAAAGACUCUUUAAUUAAGGAGAUAAGUAAGAUUAGUCACAAGGAUUCGGAAUGUCGGAUUGGACAGCCUCUUCAGUGGAGUAAGGAUGUUGAGCCCAGAGUCGUGAAGAAGAAGGGGAUUAAACUAGCUCCAUCGAAACCUAAGCGGUCUUUCAAAAAAGGGAGUGGUAAGCCUGGUUUGGAUGUAGAAAUUCUGAACUUAAACCCUUUGAUUGGUAAAGGGAUUGAACCGGAAGUGAUGGAGUCGUCUGUUCCUUCAUCGUGCCCUGUAGAAACCCUAGAUGCGCGAAAUAUGUUUUCGGCGCUACAAGGUUUGGAUGAAGGUGAUAUUGAAUUGCCUCUGGAGAAAGACAAAAGUGCCAUCGCAACUGCUCUUUUCUCUAAAAUACUCCCUCCUACGGUGACCACAAAUCAUUUUGCAGCACUCGAGAUGAUAGAGGAGGGGGUGAACAAAGUUGUUAGUGUGGAAGGGGAAGAGUACGUUGAAGAUGUGUACAUCGAAAGCCCUCCUACUCAGCAUGAACUUCAGAAUGACACUGAGAUAGCUGGAAAAGUCUCUAAACCUGUGGAAAUGGAAGAUGUUGAUAGCGGCGUCUGGUCAGAUGGUGAUGCCGACAAUGUUCAUGUAACAGGAUCAGUGCAAGGGGAUGGUUCUGUACACAAAAGGCGUGGUCGGAAGUCGAAGGAAGAGAAAGCGAAAAUGCAAGGAGUGCAAGGGGAGUUGGCCCCAAGGCGUACUAGCAAGAUUUGGGUGUUUAGUCAGCAUGAGUUUUCAGUAACUAUGUUGGAGGAAGAUGUUCAGGUCUUCCAUUUUGAAGUAUCUCAUGCCAAUGUUGCUGAAAAAUUCUAUCUCUCGGCGGUCUAUGCUAAAACCACCAGAUUGGUGCGGCAGUCUUUAUGGAGGAAUCUGAUUGCAUUUCGGCAGAAGUAUGCGAAUUCUCCAUGGAUGGUUGCUAAGGAUUUCAACGUAAUCCAAUCAUUGGAUGAAUAUUCAGGUGUUUCUGUACAGGAUCAUGUGGCUAUAUCUGAAUUUAAUGACUGUAUUUUUGAAUGCAAUCUUCUUGAGUUUCCGACAACGGGAGAGGAGUUUACAUGGGCGGAACUCAAAGUACAGGAUGGGUGA